AAUUUCUUUCAAAGUCAAUGGCAUUCUGUCUUUUGAUCUGAUCGACUCAGCUUUAAAAAUGGUAGCUUCCUGUAUUUACGAUGUGUUCUUGUCUUUCAGCGGUGUUGAUAGUCGGAAGAAAUUCACGGGCCACCUCUUGGCCGCUUUGGAGCGCCAUGGUUUUUACACAUUCAGAGAUGACACGAAACUCACACGAGGAGAAGAAAUUGGUCCGGGAUUGCUCCAAGCAAUCGAGCAAUCUAAGGUUUCUGUUAUCAUAUUCUCCGAAAACUACGCAUCCUCGAGAUGGUGCCUUGAUGAACUUAAAAAGAUCAUGGAUUGCAAGAGGACACUUAAUCACAUUGUUAUUCCCAUCUUUUAUGAUGUCCAACCCAUCGACGUUCGCUCACAGAUGGGUUGCUAUGCAGAAGCAUUUGCCAAUCACGAAAAACGGUUCAACUUGGAAUCAGUGAAGAAAUGGAGGUUGGCUCUAGCUGAGGCUGUCAAUUUGUCCGGUUACGUCCUCCAAAAUGUGGCCAACGGGUGUGAGUCGAAGUUUAUUGAGAUUGUUGUUGGAGAAGUCGCACAAAAAUUAAAUCCUACAUGUUUAAGUGUUGCGGACUACCCAGUUGGAAUACAGUAUCGUGUUCAACAACUAAGUGAGUUUCUAAAGUUGGGGUCAAAUAGAGAUGAUGUUAGGAUUGUUGCCAUAUGGGGGAUUGGGGGAAUAGGUAAGACUACAAUUGCUAAGGCAAUGUAUAAUCGCAUACAUCGUGAGUUUGAAAGCAGUAGCUUUCUUGCAAAUGUUGGACGAACUUCGAAGCAACCUAAUGGCCUUGUUAAAUUACAAGAAAAGCUUCUUUGUGAUCUCCGGAUGGGUGAAAAUCAUGGAAUAAGAAGCGAGGAUGAUGGAAUCGAAGUAAUAAAACGGCGAGCAUGGUGUCGAAGGGUUCUUCUUGUUCUUGAUGACGUGGAUAACAUCUCCCAAUUGAGGGCAUUGGCCAUAAGUCAUGAUUUGUUAAGUCCGGGAAGUAGAAUCAUAGUAACAACUAGAGAUUUGUCUGCAAUAAGUUCACUUCGACUUCGAGUGGAUGAGAUGUAUAAGCUGGAUGAGUUGAAUGAGGAGGAAUCUCUUCAACUCUUCAAGUGGCAUGCCUUUAGGAGAGACCGUCCUGUAGAAGACUAUGAGGUCCUCUCUAAGGAAAUAGUGACAUAUGCUAAGGGGCUUCCUUUAGUUCUUGAAAUUUUAGGUUCCUUUUUGUCGGACAAAACCGUACCUGAAUGGAGAAGUAAAUUGAAGAAGUUGAAAAAGAUUCCUCAUAAUGAUGUUCAAGGACAACUUAGGCUGAGCUUCGACUCACUUGAUGUUGAACAAAAGGGUUUAUUCCUACAUAUUGCAUGUUUUUUUGUUGGAAUGGACCAAGAUUUUUCCAUCAAAAUAUUAGAAGGCUGCGGUUUCUUCCCAGAAUGUCAAAUUGGGGUUCUAUCUCGUCGUUGUCUUGUUAGCAUUGAUGGGCGCAACCAGCUGGUGAUGCAUGAUUUGAUUCAAGACAUGGGUAGAGAGAUUGUCCGUCAAGAAUCCCCUGAGAUGCCCGGCAAACGUAGUAGACUGUGGUAUUAUGAAGACAUUCUAGAUGUACUGAGAAAUAACACAGUAAGAGCCCAAUGCCUAAAUUAA